AACUGUGCAAGAGUGGAAAUUGUCUGUUAACACCUUUCAAUGUUUGAAAUCCACAUCACUUAAGUCACUAGAAUUACUUCAUGAUAGAAUUACAGGAAUUGACAUUCAAAAUUGUGAUUUUUUAACUCAUUUAGAAUAUUUAGAUUUGUCUGGUAACGCCGUUUUAUUUUUUUUAGAAAAUUUUACACAACCAACCGGGUGGGAUAUUGUAUAUCAUCAAUUUCUAUCACUCUCAAACCUUACUUUUUUUAGGAUGGAUUACAAUAUUUAUCGCAAGUUUAUGGUGAAUGCCCGAGAUGUUCCAUCAAACUCAUUUUGGUACGGCCAUCCAAAGAUACCUUUAGAACCAGCCAAAUUUCAAAACUCAUUGCAGAAAAAACAUGAAGGUCCCCAACAAAACGAUAAUUUUAGUGGUCCAAUUUUGAAAAUAGCUUUGCCUGAUAAUAUCGAAUUCUGGUCUUCAAGCUGGUGGGGCAUAGAUGAUAAUACUUUUGAAAAAUGCCACCAUUUAAAUACAGAUUUUUAUUUCUAUCCAAACAAAGUCAGAUAUCUCAAAAUAGAGGACCUGAAUUUGAAUGUAAAAGAAUUUUGUCCCGUUUUAUAUGGCUUAGAUAGGCUCGAGUUUCUGGAUAUUUCUCAUAACAGCAUUCAAUACUUGCCAAAAAUUUUUUUCAAUAAUUUCAUCUCACUGCUAUACUUGUAUGUGAAAGAUAACAAUUUAGGUCCUUUAAUUGCUAAAAGUGGUCUCCUUCCCAUACAACUCCCACACUUAGAAAUCCUCGAUUUAUCAGUGAACAAAAUCAGCACAAUACCAAAAGACUUUUUUGGCUAUCUUGCUUCAUUGAGACGUCUGGACCUCAGCGAUAAUCGAAUAUCAACAUUAUCUUUUACCAUGAUAAACUUACUUUCCAUAGAAUACAUAGAUAUAAGCACUAAUCAACUAACCGACGUCUCGACAUCGGAGUUGGACUACAUUAGGAAUGUGAAUGCCAGUAGCCUGAAUGUUACUUUGAACAUGAGCAACAAUCCCAUGGACUGCAACGUUUGCGACGGGAUAGGAUUUCUCCGUUUGAUUAUCCACUCCAACAUGACGACAAUAUUCUCCAACGACUCCACCUGUUACGUGGAUGGACCUGAAACAAGCUUAGAAAGCAACCUGAGUAGACUUGAGAGGGAAUGCGAUAACUUUCCACAGGUUAUCACUUCACUAAACCAUUGGCUUUCCUUGGGAGCAUCUCUUGGUAGCAUAGCUGCUGCGGCCUGUGGCCUUAUAGUAGUUUACAUUUACCGUUGGAAUAUUAAAUACCACUUCUUCCUUCUUCGCCGCCAUUUUCGAAAGAGAGGUUUCAUGGGUGGAACACCUGGUCACGUGUACGCCUCCUAUGACGACAAAGAUUAUCACUGGGUGACACACGUGCUGUUACGUCAUCUAGAAGAUGAGGAUCAACUUGAUGUCAUCAUAGAUCAAAGAGAUUUCAUUUGUGGCGCUUCCCUUCCCGAGGCCAUUGUAGAGGCCGUGGAGAACAGCAGGAAAACAGUGCUUGUCCUCUCUGAGAGCUACGUUCUCAACCCUUGGUGUGAGUUUGAGUUUCAGAUGUCUCUUGCUCGUGGUUACCAAUCAGUAAUCCCGGUUAUGUUGCAGCCUGUGCCAUUUGAUGCUAUGACGAAAUCACUGCGAAAAUACAUUAGAGCAAGAGGGUAUAUAAAGUGGACUGAGAAACAAGAUGGGCAACGUCUGUUCUGGAAACGCCUCUCCGGCGCCAUCUUUGAUGAUAAUGAUAUUCAUGCGCAGCCCGAGGAAGACGAAUUGACUGAAAUCAUGUAG